AUGUCACCAUUACCAAAAAUCACCGAAAUCACAGGGCAUGUCACAGAUGCCAUUGAUAUUACCCAAGUUGAACUCACACUUUUGGAAACGCUCACAUAUGGCUUCUUCGCCCCAUUGGGAAUCAUAUGUAUGAUUUUCAUUAUUUCCUCGUGGAUGGCGAUACUCCUUGUCGCCAUUUAUGAUGCAAUAGAGAAUUGGGGAUGUAGCUGGUUGGCAGUAAGCGAGAGAAGACCGACGUCGAAACUAACGAACGCGAACGUAUAUCUCAUUUCAGAUGAUGAGAGAGCGACAAGCCCACUUUUGGAUGUCAAAAAAUGGUCGGAGGAUGUAGGAGAGGGAGAGGACUUUUUCAGCAGCAAUGGAUUGCCGAAUUACGGAACGAUAACACAGAUGCAGAGACAUGAGACUGAUGAUGUUUGGGAAAGCACAGCAGCGUCUAAAGAGAUGACAAGAAAGUCUUCAAGUACCUAUCAAAUAUAG